AUGGCUCUUGCUCUAGGAAAGACCGUCUUCUCCGGGAUACUCCUCGCCGUUUUCAUCCUCUCGGUCGCCAAGUACCUCCUGCUACCUCUCGUGUCGCCGUCUUCCUCCCCCACUCCGGCGUGGCUCUCCCUCCCGGCCCUCCUCGCUCUGAUAAUCCCCUCGGUCGUGUCUGGUUCCCGGCGGCUGAGGAACCUCCCCCCCGGUCCUCUGUCCCUGCCGGUGUUCGGCAACUGGCUGCAGGUGGGCAAUGACCUGAACCACCGCCUGCUCGCGUCGCUGGCCGGCAAGUACGGGGGCGUCUUCCUCCUCCGGCUGGGGGCACGGAACCUGGUGGUGGUCUCCGAACCGAAGCUCGCCACCGAGGUGCUCCACACGCAGGGGGUCGAGUUCGGCUCGCGGCCGCGGAACAUGGUCUUCGACAUCUUCACCGGCGGCGGGCAGGACAUGGUGUUCACCGUCUACGGCGACCACUGGCGGAAGAUGCGGCGCGUGAUGACGAUGCCCUUCUUCACAAACAAGGUGGUGCAGCAGUACCGGGGGAUGUGGGAGGAGGAGAUGGACCUGGCGGUGGCGGACCUGGGCGGCGCCGGCGGGGGCGAGUGGGCGAGGCCGGAGGGCGUGGUCGUGCGGCGGCGGUUGCAGCUGAUGCUGUACAACGUCAUGUACAGGAUGAUGUUCGACACGAAGUUCGAGUCCGUGAGGGACCCCCUCUUCCUGCAGGCCACCCAGUUCAACUCCGAGAGGAGCAGGCUCGCCCAGAGCUUCGAGUACAACUAUGGUGACUUCAUCCCCGUCCUCCGCCUUUUCCUCCGCGGCUAUCUCCGUCGCUGCCGGGACCUCCAGACCAGGCGACUGGCCUUCUUCAACGCCCACUACAUCCAGAAGAGGAGGUACCCGCCCCUCUCCAUCUCUCUCUCUCUCUCUCUCCCUCAUAUGUCCUCCCUCCGUCUCACCUCUCUCUCAUCACGGUGGCGUGGGUCGUCCGCAGGGAGGCGCUCGCGGUCGGGGAGAAGAAUCGGCAGAAGAAGCUCAGCUGCGCCAUGGACCACAUCCUCGAGGCCGAGAUGAACGGGGAGAUCAGCCCCGAGAACGUCCUCUACAUUGUCGAGAACAUAAACGUCGCCGGUGAGUCCCAACCCCCCCCUCUCUUCCGCUCUUUCUCUGUAACUCUAGCUUUCUCUCUAACUAUAUGACAAAAUCGUCGGUGCAGCCAUCGAGACAACCCUGUGGUCAAUGGAGUGGGCCAUCGCGGAGCUGGUCAACCACCCGAAGGUGCAGUCGAAGCUCCGGCGAGAGCUGGAGGGCGUCCUGAGGGGGGCGGCGCUGACGGAGGCGGAGCUCCCCCGGCUGCCGUACCUGCAGGCGGUGGUGAGGGAGACUCUGCGGCUGCACACGCCCAUCCCGCUCCUCGUCCCCCACAUGAACUUGGAGGAGGCCAAGCUCGGCGGCUAUGACAUCCCCAAGGAGUCAAAGGUCGUGGUCAACGCCUGGUGGCUCGCCAACAACCCCGCCUGGUGGAAGGACCCCUCCGAGUUCCGCCCGGAGAGGUUCCUGGAAGAGGAGCGAGAAACGGAGGCGGCGGUUGCCGGGGGGAAGGUCGACUUCCGCUACCUGCCCUUCGGGGUCGGCCGCCGGAGCUGCCCCGGCAUCAUCCUCGCUCUCCCCCUCCUCGCCCUCGUCGUCGGCAAGCUAGUCGCCGCCUUCCGCCUCCUCCCGCCGCCGGGGGAGGGCAAGGUGGACGUCACCGAGAAGGGCGGCCAGUUCAGCCUCCAUCUCGCUAAGCAUUCCGUCGUCGUCUUCCAGCCAGUCAACCCCCCAAAGUUGUCCUCGUCGUAG